UUCGAAUUCAGUGUUUGGUGAACUUGAUCCAUUCACUAAUCUGCAGCUAGAAUGUUAAAAGCGUAUAAAUACUUGACUGCAAUGUCAUGUCGCGUUCAGACUGACAUACUCUUCAGCAAGAAAUGGUUAUCGAAAACCAGCAAGGACGUCGACGACGUCAAUUUUUGGUGCUUUGGACUCUUUUCUGUUUGGCUCUAGAAUGUGAGAAUAUCGACGCUCUCGGAUUAUCGAGAAAUCCAUUGUUCAACGGCAUGUUGAAUAGGAGAAACGCAAUUCCAACUGCGAGUAUCGGCAACCUGCAUCACAACCAACAGCUUUUUAAACAUCAGCAAAAUUACCACCAGUUGUUACAUCAGAACAAUCAGCCACUAGUUCCGGCUGCUUCGUCCCCACCAGUAGCAGCAGCAAGUAGUUUAACUAAUCACGUUGAUCCUUAUAUAAGUGGGUCUAAUUCUUUGGACAAAGCAGUUCCUGAAAAUCCCGAAUUAGAUCAAAUUGCAGCUGACGUCCAGGCUGAACAGAAGUCGAAUAACUUGGCCGCUUCAGCAUCCAGUACAAGCUAUACUUCCGCCGUCAGUGGAGGCUACGGGGCAGACACUGGUAGUUCGCUUGGAAGCUAUGGAUCCGGUGGCUCGGUCGGAAGCUAUGGAAGUGGAUCAGUUAGUUCCGGCGGAGGAUAUGGAGGAGGAUCUGGCGGCGCAGGCGCAGUAUACGGAAGUUCAUCUGUCGGAGCAAUCGGAAGCUAUGAUUCAACAGGAUCUAUUGGAAGUUAUGGAUCAAGCGGAAGCUAUGGAGGAAGCACCGCUGGAGUUGGUUCAACUUACGGUGGACUCACAGGCGGCAGCUACGGAGGAUCUACAGGAGCAAGUAGUUUCGGAGCAGGAUCUACUGGACUAAGCAGUUACGGAACAGGAUCCACUGGAACAGGUAGUUUCGGUUCAGGUGGAAGCAGUUAUAAUUUUGGUGGCAGCUCAGGCAGUAGCUACGGCCUGAACAGUGGAUCUUCAUCAUACAGUGUACCACCAUAUGGCGGUGGAACUCCAUCCUACUCCGUAAUAGUAUCUUAUCCAGCUCAACAGGGAGCCACAAAAGCAGACACUAUUCAUCUUCUAAGUUCGCUUGCACCUUCCCUUUUGCUCAGUUCAUUGUUGAUACCCCUAGCUCUGGCUUUAUUGACCAACACUACCAGUUCGCUAAUUGGAAGAAAGAAACGUGAUCUGUAUAAUGAUUAUGAUGAUGACUUGCAGUUUUCGUUGAGCGGAGAUAUUUUAGACGCUGACAUUACGUUAUUGGACGCCCAUUUUUUCCCAACAAUGGAUGCCAUGCUAGAGUCUUACUCACCUGACGAUGGCGAGAGACUAGCUGACUUUGUGCGUCAGUGGGGCUUGCUUGACACUCAAAAUCCUUGUCUAGAGAAGUUGGCGUGUCUGGCUGCGACCACUAAUAGCAAGUUUAAACGAUAUGACAAUCUGAAAAAAGCUAUACGGCUGCUGGAGAAAACUGUAGAUCCAGGUAUAAAGAAACGUUUACAAGAUGGAUCUUCCGUGGGUGCAACCAAAGAACGAAACUGCUUGACCACAUUCAUUUGCAAAAGCACGAAAUCGGAUGUUCCGUCUUAAACGCCAGCGUUUAAAACGUCCGAAUUCUCUAUGAAAAUAUUUAUUGAAUGUGAAAUUUUAAUUAAAUUCAUUUACCUAU